AUGGCGGCCGUAUCACUAGCAUGUCGCACGUCCUGUGAAAUGGUCGGGAGUGGGAACCAGAGUAUGCUGGCUCGUGUAACCAUCGUCAAUGUAGAUGGAAACGUGGUUUUAGACGAGUACGUGAAGCCUACAGCUGAAGUCACCGAUUACAGAAGUUGCUACAGCGGAAUUAAGAAGAGUCAUCUAGAAAAUGGAAGUAACUUCUCCACAGUUAGAAACAAAGUGCUUAGUCUUAUAAAUGGGUGUAUUCUGGUGGGGCACUCUCUGCAUUUCGAUCUCGUCGCGCUGAAUAUCUACCAUCCAGAGUAUAAUCGCAGAGAUCUGGCAGAGUUUGAGAACUUCAAAAGCACCAUCAAUUAUAUAGGUUAUGAAGCAUCUAGCAGAAAAGAAAUAUGCGAAUUAUUUGCGAAAUACUUUAGUUCUGAUUACUCUAAUAACUCGGCCAAUUGCGCUCAACAUUCAGACUUUCUAAACUAUCCAGAACCUAAUGAUUCCAUUAAUUUUUUGGCCGUAAAUGAACAUCAAAUCAAGCUUAAAAUUAAAAAUAUUGAUGAACACAAGGGAUCGGGACCGGACGUACAACCAGCUUGUCAACUCGCCAAAAAGUAUUUGGGAAGAACCAUUCAAAAUGGCGAGCAUGAUGCUUCAGAAGACGCUAAAGAUUGCAUGGACUUGUCUUUAUUUUUCCCAUAA